GGCAGCGCUUCUAUUUACGAAAAAAAGAAGCAGACAAAACGCUUAUAAAACAUUUUUAAGCUUUGCCAAAAUACCCGAAUCUCGCGCAAAUGUCAAAGCAUACUUUAAUAGGUGGCGGCACCGGUUUCAUUGGCAGGCAUCUGGCCAAGCACCUGGCCAAGAAGGGCUAUGAGAUCACCGUCGUUUCGCGGAUGCCCGGACCAAAACGCAUCACCUGGCAUGAGCUGGAGAAGCAGGGCAUACCCAGCAGUGUUAGUUCCGUGGUGAAUACCACCGGUCAGAAUGUGCUGGAUCCGACAAGACGCUGGACGCCCGGCUUCCAGCAGAACGUUUGGAAUUCGCGCGUCAACUCGUCCAAGACGCUGAGUAAUGCCAUCGAAGCGGCGCCACAGGUCAAGUCCUUUGUGAAUUUGUGUGGCGUCAGCCUGUACCGACCCUCGGCUACCAAGACCUACACCGAGGAAGAUCACGGCGAGAGCUACGACUACAUGUCGCGCCUGUGCCUGGCCUGGGAGGAGGCAGCACGCUCCGCUGAUACCGGAGACAAGGCCUGCAAGUGUAGCAUAGUGCGCACUGGCGCAGUUGUGGGACGUGAUGGCGGCAUGAUCAAAUCCAUAUGGCUGCCAUUCAAGCUUGGCCUGGGCGGUCCAAUGGGCGCCGGACAGCAGAUUAUGCCCUGGAUACACAUGCACGACCUGUGCAGCCUGAUCCAGCAUCUAAUUGAGAAAUGCGAGACGGGCGUCUUCAACGGCGUCGCUCCAGAGAUAGUCAGCAACAAGGGCUUCUCGCAGGCAUUCGCCAGUGCGCUGAAUCGUCCCUGUCUGUUCCCAGUGCCCGAGUUUGUUGUUCAUGCCAUCUUCGGCAAGGAGCGUGCCGCGCUCCUCUUGAGCGGCGCCAAAAUACAGCCCAAGCGAACGAUCGCCUCCGGCUACCAGUUCAAAUAUCCGGAUGUCAAGUCUGCGGUGGCCGAGGUGGUUGGCAAAUAGCCUGGAAAUAAAUGCAAAUAAGCAGAGAUUUGUAUUAGCAACUGACAUUGGCACAUUAUAGUCUGUUAUUUAGUCGAUUUUCCUUUUUUUUAUUAUAUAAAUUAAACUAGAGCAAACACGCGCCGCAAUUUGUUUUGUGCAA